AUGAUUUGAGAAAGAUAAAUUAAAAUGCGAUUAGUUUUUGUUAUUUAUAGUUUCUGUUCCAAUUUUCUUUUGUAGAGGUCAAUUAGAUAAUUAAUUUGAGAAAAGAAAACGAAGACGUACUGGAGUUGAUUUCUUGAUGAAUAUUUAAAUUCAUAAGCCAUGUAAAACCAACAGUAGUAACAUUAAUCUAGGUGCUGCUUGACUGAUUUGAAUAUACCAGAAACCAAAAAGUGGUGAGAGAAAGCCCAAAAGCCAGCUAAUUGAAAUCUGUACUAGAUGUCUGAAAAAGAAGCAAAUCCAAAUCUAGUUGCUUUAAUUGCAGUGGCUUCACCUUUCCUUAUAUUUGAAAAUAGAGGAUCCUUUAAAUUGAAUUCUCUUCUCUAAGUUUAUUUGAGUCCUCUUUGUUGAAUAUUUGUGCAUCAUCAAUACAACCAUAGGAUCAAAUGAGAAAUCAAUUGAGGAAGAAGAUGGGUGGUUUCUUCUCAGAGAAUGAUGAUAUUUUCCAAAAUAUAUUAUCAAGGUUACCAGCUUUAUCCUUUGCAUCUGCAGCAUGUGUUAACAAAUCCUGGUACAAUGGUUGCGGUCGAAUUCUUUCGCGCCCUAAACUUGUUUCUGCACUCUCUUGCAACCCUUCCCUUCAUCUUGCUGUAAGAGAGGUUGUUGAUAAGGUGCUUUUGGAGCCCAUAUGGCCGCACUUUGCCAUUGCCUUUAUAGGCACACAAUUUAACUUGCAAGCUGCGCACCAACUUAUCACUGAAAGAUUGGGAUCUAGAACCCCGACCGUGACAAGUGCUGUUUGUGGCAUCAUUGGUAUGGAUGCUUGUACUGAUGAACUUAGAGAGGUGAAAUGGGACUUUGUUUAUCCUGGAGGUCCAAAUGGGAUGGGACUUAAUGCAGUUGAAGAUCUUGAUUAUGGGAUUGUUUUGGCUGUUGGUUUUUUUCCGGGCCUAAAAUUUGAUGUUAUCCCGCUUUUGCGCCCAAAGGGGGAAUGCCAAGGUGCUAUGGUUGAUAAGUUUGUGAUGGAUAUUAGGGAGUAUGCAACCACUGUCUCGGGUACCAAAGACCCAGCUGGCAUUAUAUUAUUUGGAGAUCAACGCGUCGAUGUGAAAGCUGUCAUUGCAGAACUUGAUUAUGCCAUGCCUAAGGAAACAGUUAUUGUUGGUGAUACAAAUGGCUGUUUUUUGUGGAACAGUGUGGAUAAUUCUCAGAAUUACUGGGGGGAUCAGUAUAACUUUGAUAUUGUUGGCCUUGUAUUUGCAAGGGACAAGAACAAAUCUCAAGAUAUUGGAGAAAUCCAAUUCCAUGUUGCAAUGUCAACUGGUAUAAUACCAUUUGGUCCCGAACUGCGGGUAGUUUCUGUUGAAGAUAGAGGUGCAAAAUAUUCAUGGUUCACUGCUAAAAUGGAAGGAGGGAAUGGCACUCUAGAUGCCCAAGGACUUUUAGAUGAUGUUGUUGAGCAGGUGGAAGAUCACUUGCACAAUUUGUAUGUUGGGGUCGUGAAAGAAAGAGAAUCUUCAUCUGGUUCAGAGAAUUUGGAGUUGAGGAAGUACAGAGUUUUCCAUGAAGUUUUAGGAGGAGAAGACGGCGGCUUCGUUGUUGAUGGUCACGGCAUCGAACCUAAUGAUUCCUUCCUAUUCUACCACACGGAUUCUGAGACUGCAAAAUGUUCUUGCUUCAAUGCCUAUAAGAAUCUUGGACAUCUAAAGGAAGCUCUGAGUCUCAAAAAUCAUGAUGGUGGAGGAGGUGCUGAAACUAGUGAAGUGUUUGGAUGUGUGAGCUUUUCUUGUUACCGUUCUGGUGAGAGAUUUUUUGGACAUCCAAAAGUUCUUACUUACCCCUUCUGGAAGAACUUCCCUGGCACUCCAUUAAUAGGAGCAUAUUGUCUUGAGGAAAUUGGACGUGAAACUGAACAGCUUGUUAGUCAGAAGGAUGAAGGAGCAGAAAGUAAAGCUAUAGAGGCAAUGGGUGAAAAGUAUGAUGAUGAAGAAGAAUGCUCAGUCCGCUGUCCCAUGCAUGUUUAUAGCUCAGUUUAUUUAUUGAUGUCAUAUAUUCCUCCUGGAUCUCCGCCCCUGGAGUUUUAAGUUUCUGAAGUGUUUGUUUCUUUUCUAUCUUUAAACUUCAAUAAUUUAUAUCUGGAACUUGGUUACAUAGCCCCUAGAGUUUUAAGUUUCUGAAGUGUUUGCUUCAUUUCUAUCUUUAUAAACUUCAAUAAUUUGUAUCUGGAACUUGGUUACAGAGCCCCUAGAGUUUUAAGUUUCUGAAGUGUUUGCUUC